AUGGAUGACGAAGCAAACGGGAAUAAAGCAUACUUGGAUCCAAAUUUUGACAGUAACAAUGGUAAAGAAGAAUACUCAAAUAUAACUCGAGUACCACCUUCACCGCCAGGUAGAUGCGAAUCAAUGGUUGAUCCUUUACAACUAUUUGGAGGUUUCGGAGACGUUAGAAGAUCCGACUCGCCUAUUUUUCCAGAAUUUUAUCCACCUAGACCAGAUUCCAGCCAAAGACUUGAUGGUGCAAACAGUGAUAGAGAUACAAAUUUACAAGAGCCUGAAACUGCCGUACCAAUUCAAUGGGAAAGUAGCAUAAUGAAGCAAAUUAAUGCCUUGAACUAUAAACCAAUUAAUAUUUGGCCACAAGGAAAUAUGCAGUGUUACACAGCACCAUCUAAUCAAAAUAUCAACAUCGAAAGUGCGCAAAUGUACUCGAAUGUUUUUGAAAUGGAUAGACGUGGUACUGGCGCAUCAACUUCUUUCUGCUAUCAGAAUCAAUUUCAACCUCACGGUUGGACAUAUCCGCGGAUGCCGGUUAAUCAUUCUCAACUACCCCAAGCCCCCUCAUAUGGUAAUUCUGGUUUCAUUCAAAGAACUCCCAAUCUGGAGUAUUCAGGUGCAAUUCCAUUUAUUCAUUCAACGGAUAAUAUCUCAGGGGGUCCUCAACCAAGUACAUUUUAUUGGAAUCGGAUCUCGUAUGAAAACCACUGGAAGAACAGUCAAGGACAAAAUCAACCCCCGUAUUAUCCAAAUCCAUAG